AUGAGUCGGCUACUCGACACUUCUGCGCCGCACGAGGCAGUGUCGGCCUUGACACGCGAUUCGGACACGAUCUCGGUGCGGUCGCGCCACACGCUGCGCGCGUUUGGCAACGAGGACGAGGAAGACGAUCCCUGGUCUGCCAUUCCCUCUUCCACCUCGGUGACCGACCUUACGCGCGUGCAGCGACGACGCUUACUCGGUCGAGCGCUACUUCAGCUGCUGAUUCUGUUCGUAGUAUGCCUGGUUGGAUUGGGGGGUACGUUGUGGUUGGCGUUGCCGGUGAUCGCGCCGGAGGACAAGGCGAGUUUCAAGAUCCCGCGCAGCUUCGACGAUCUCAAGGCACUCAAUGCGGUGUUGCAGCACUACAAGACGGACCACUUUGCGCGUGUGCUGCUGUGCUGGGUGGUGGUGUACAUGUUCCUCCAGGCAUUCAGCAUCCCGGGAAGCAUGUACAUGUCCAUCCUGGCCGGAGCAUUGUUUGGCGUCCCAUUGGCUCUACCCCUCGUGUGCGUCAGUGUGGCAUCCGGCGCAACAAUCUGCUACUACAUCAGCAAAACCCUCGGUGUCGUCCUGGUCGCAUUGCCCAGUUGGAAGAAACGCGUGGAUGAUUGGAAGGAAAAAUUGGCCCAACAUAACGAUGCCAUGGUGUCGUAUCUGAUCGUGGUUAGGAUGAUGCCCCUCCCCCCGCAUAAUAUCGUCAACAUCAUGGCGCCCCACCUCGGGAUUGGAGUCGGCACGUUUUGGAUCUCGACGUGCGGAGGCAUCUUUGCCGUGUCGGUGAUCCACACUACGAUCGGCGAAAAGUUGGACCAGAUGACAUCGCCCGAUGACUUCCACCUCUUGUCCUGGCGCAACAUGCUGCUGCUCGUCGGUGUCGCCGCUGCAGUCCUGUUGCCAGUACUCAUCAAAAAGACCCAACAACCGCUCGAGGGUGAACCAUCCCGAGGACAGGUCUUCCUGGAACAAGACGACGAGCAAGAGGCGCGAUUGCCAGACAGCUUUAGGCGAAACCUCGUAGGGGCAAGCGAGAGCGACGACGAGCUGCCAAGACGUACGCUGGAUACGGGCGGAAUGCAAGAGGACGAGGCAUGGAGAGAUGCCGCCAUGCUCGAUGAUGACGACCUCGAUGCCGACGUCAUGGGCCGAUCGGGAUUCCGCGAUAGAGGCGCACAGCCACCACCGCCGCAGCAGCCACCGUCCCGGCUCAGCAAGUGGAUCGGUGCAUCCGGGCUCAAACUUUAA